AUGUACGCCGAACACUUCGACUUGGUUGCCGACGUAAAAUUCCGUCAUCGAGUGGUCAACGUGGAACAGUCGGAGGACUACGAUGCCACGGGAAGAUGGAUCGUCUCGGCUGUGAAUCUGAAGACCGGAGAAAAUAUACGGGACGAGGCGGAUGCGGUGAUGAUAUGCAACGGGCAUCACGCGUAUCCCAACAUCCCGAAAUUUCCCGGACAAGAGAAAUUUCGCGGGAGAAUUCUACACACGCAGGCGUACAGACGACCGGACGAGUUUCGGGACGGUAGAGUGGCGGUGAUUGGAACGGGAAAUUCGGGAGCCGACGCCGCUGUCGAAACUUGCAACGUGGCUAAACGGGUGUAUUGGAGCACUCGUAGAGGAUGUUGGGUUAUAAAUCGAGUAGGAAAAGGUGGUAAACCCAACGACGAAUCUUUCAUAACGAGAUAUUUCUCUAUCGGCUUGAGACUAGCGCCAAUAAAUGUCUCGUCUUGGUGGAUAGAAACAGACUUGAAUAGGUGUUUCGAUCACAAAGCUUUCCAGUUAAAGCCCGAGCAUCGAUUCUUUCAGCAGCAUCCCACCAUCAACGAUUCCGUUGCAAAUUGUAUUCUCAGCGGUAGAAUUACGGUUAAAGGAGACGUACAGCGAUUCGAAGAGAAGGGCAUCGUCUUCCAGGGAGAUUCGCACGUCACGGAAGUGGAUUACGUCAUCCUAGCCACGGGGUACGACAUUAAAUUCCCAUUCCUCGGCAAAAAUAUCAUAGACACCACCGAUAAUCGGGUGGAACUAUACAAACUGGUAUAUCCUACGCACCUGAAACACCCGACUUUGGGUGUGAUCGGAUUGUUUCAAGCGAUAGGUGGAAGUUUUUCCAUUGACGAAUUACAAAGCAGAUGGUUUGUGCAGGUACUUUUAAAUAAAGUACCUUUUCCUAGCGAGAAAGAAAUGAAGAAAGACGUCGAAAAGAGAAAAAGACAACUGGAGACACGUUAUUACGAUUCUAAACGUCACACAAUCCAAAUCGAUUAUUUUUGUNGACAAGAGAAAUUUCGCGGGAGAAUUCUACACACGCAGGCGUACAGACGACCGGACGAGUUUCGGGACGGUAGAGUGGCGGUGAUUGGAACGGGAAAUUCGGGAGCCGACGCCGCUGUCGAAACUUGCAACGUGGCUAAACGGGUGUAUUGGAGCACUCGUAGAGGAUGUUGGGUAAUGAAGAGAGUAGGAAAAGGUGGUAAACCCAACGACGAAUAUUUCUUAACAAGAUGUUUCGAUAUUGCCUCGAGAAUCGUGCCUAUGAGUAUUACGUCCUGGUGGGUAGAAACAGAAUUGAACAGAUCAUUCGAUCACGAAGCUUACCAGUUAAAACCCGAGCAUCGGUUUCUUCAGCAGCAUCCCACUAUCAACGAUUCCAUUGCAAAUUGUAUUCUCAGCGGUAGAAUUACAGUUAAAGGAGACGUACAGCGAUUCGAAGAGAAGGGCAUCGUCUUCCAGGGAGAUUCGCACGUCACGGAAGUGGAUUACGUCAUCCUAGCCACGGGGUACGACAUUAAAUUCCCAUUCCUCGGCAAAAAUAUCAUAGACACCACCGAUAAUAGGGUGGAACUAUACAAACUGGUAUAUCCUACGCAUCUGAAACACCCGACUUUGGGUGUGAUCGGAUUGAGUCAAGCCAUAGGUGCAAGUUUCCCCAUUCACGAAUUACAAAGCAGAUGGUUUGUGCAGGUACUUUCAAAAAAAGUACCUUUUCCCAGCGAGAAAGAAAUGAAGAAAGACGUAGAAAAGAGAAAAAGACAACUCGAGACACGUUAUUACGAUUCUAAACGUCACACAAUUCAAAUCGAUUAUAUCAGAUACGCGGACGAAAUCGCGGAGUUAAUCGGAGCGAAGCCGAAUUUUUGGAAGAUGUUUUUUACGGAUCCGAAAUUGUUUUGGGCUUUGAUGCUGGGUCCGAGUCUUCCUUAUCAAUACAGGUUGCAAGGGCCACACUCUUGGGACAAAGCCAGAGAAACUAUUCUCGGCUACGAGGAGCGAGCUCAUUGUCCUCUGCAAACUCGUUUCAAGAAAUGUGAUUAAAGAAAAUCAUAAACUGCAUUGAAAUUUUACGAAACAUACGCUAUACUUUCACAAUCUUCCUUUUAUUUAAACCUUCUUUAUAUGGCACACUGGAGACAGAAAAUUCCGGGCAAAAAUGCAUCUCCGGCGUUCUACAAAUUAAGCUCUAUCCAGAUAUCGAAUGAAUUGAUUUACAAUAAUCCCCAGAAUUAAUACGAAUGACGAUGGACCUCCACGGCUUGCAGACAAAUAUUAAUAAUUACAUUAAUAAAUUUUCAUUUUAAUUAUUUAAUUUUUUGGAGUUUUUAAGACAGAUAAAGCGCCCCGGUCGACAGUGCAUAAUUACGUAUUCAAUCACUUACGAUUAUAAUUUGUGGAAUAUUUUACUCGAUUCCAGGAUGGGCAAGAGACCCGUUUGCCCUGUCUGAGGACUUCGCGUAGCUUUUUAACUGACAGCUGCCCAUUUAAAAGGUAACCUGUACAUAAAUAUUCUAAAACUAUCGAAUACAAAUUCAAUACGGUUACAUCGCCUUUUCUUUCGCAGCAAUUCUCUGGUACAGGUACUCCCAAUAAAUCGGGCUAAAAGUCUAAUGUCUGUUUACUAAAAUUGCCAUGCCUUCAUUGGGCAAUUUAAAAUAAAACUCAAUAGCCUGGUUCCAGCAAGAAGACCGGACUCUUAUUACCGCGAAAGUAAGCUUUCGAGAAUUGUUUAACCAAAAUAUAAAAAUAUUUUUAAUAAUAAAUGAAUACGUGCUUAAUUAAACCCUGGCGUGUCACGCUCGUGUUGCCCGACCGGUUGUGACUAACGAAUUGCUCAGGCCACGGUCGCCACAGGGGAGAAUGGAACAGUUGCCCUCUUAAAUAAAAAUUUAUUAUAAAUCUAUACACCAACCGAUGCCGAAUAUUAUCGGGCUAGAAAAUAUGGUGUAUAGCUUAAGAAUAUAUCGGGUUUAGUGACGAUGUUUGUUUAUUUAAAAAUUUAUUGACGUAAUUAUAUAGAAUAUUUAGAGCCUUCAUAUUUUAAACGAUAUUUAAAUAAAUUCUAAGUAUAUUUAUCUGCGUAACGAACCCGUUUUAGUGCCCCGGAAAGGUGUUACCUGGUAAUACAGCCGCCCCUUUCCUACAACUUUGAAUAUAAACGAUACGGCUUCCGAUUCGUCGAUUUGAAAUUGUACCUCGUGACCUUAAAUCCGGUUCUCCGAUAGGUUGAUUUGAAAUCGGAGCGCGUUAGCCCGACUCAUCGGUUGACUCGAAAUUAUACAUCAAACCCAAUUCAAUUAAGUAUAAUACUCCCGUAUUGCGCGUGAAGUAAUAUCGCCACCUAGCGAAGAAAAUAAAAACUAAUUUUUUAAAAUGUACAGUUAAAUUAAUUGCAUUUCGAAUAAAAAUAUACAUCGGCGACUGAGUGAGAGAGAAGGUUUAAUUAAAUGCCAAUUUAUAUUUGACAGUAUAAACGUUUUUCAAUAAUAACUGGUAUGUAAUUAAUUACA